CGUCACUCAACUGUAGAUUAGUGUGGAGAACCACAGCAGUAAUGUGUUGUGCAGGAAUCGCCGGAUUUAUUAUGUUUCGUGCGUACGUUUUCCUGCCGAGAGAAGCUACGUGAAGGUUCCCCGAUGAAGAGUUCAGCGCAAGAUGGUUAGAGAGACUCGUCAUCUGUGGGUCGGAAAUUUGCCGGAGAAUAUCCGUGAGGAUCGCAUCCGAGAACAUUUUAAACGCUAUGGGCGCGUCCAGAGCGUCAAACUGCUGCCGCGCGUCAAGGACGACGACGGCGGGGGUUCCAGCGGGCUGUGCGCCACCGUCGCCUUCAUGGACAUCAAGUCGGCGUCCAAGGCCCACAACAUGGAGCACAAGCUGGACGAGCGGUGCCUGAGCACCGAGUACUACGAGCCCGCUGCCAUCCCCGGAGGCUACUCCACGCCGCGCUUCCCCCACGGGGGCGGCGAUGAUUUCGAGCGGUCUAGCCACUUCUACGCGCGCGAGGGUGACGCGGUGUACCUGCGCCGCGCCGCCGUGGCCGCCGCUGCCGCGUGGUCCGCCGCAGACCCCCUGCGCGGCCGCGCCAGGGAGCGGGAGCGCCUCUACCGCAACGGGCCCUACCCACCGCUGCUCGACAGGGGCCAGGCGACGCACCACCGGCCGCUGGCGAACAACUGGAGCUACGAGCCGACGGCAGGCAGCGUGCGCUACCCGGCGGGCAGCCAGGCUGCCGACCCAUAUGCCGACCCCGACCCGGGGCCCGGCCCGGGCGCCGGGCCCGGCCGCAGGGAGCUGCCUCCUGCCGCCCACAAGAAGAGGACCAAGUCCAGCCGAUCGGGCAGUGAGUCACGUUCGAACUCUGCGUCCAGUAGAUCUAGGUCUCGAUCUCGCAGUCAUUCUCACUCCAGCUCCAGCUCGAGCCACUCUGGCUCCAGCAGCUGUAGCUCCGGAACAUCUACCCCUGCCACUGACAAGUCAUGUUCACCACAUAGCAGCCAUCAUGGAGCACUACGUGGCAGUGGAAGAGUGUCUCUGCAGUCGACUGUGAGUGCAGCACAUAUGAACAAUGUCAGCGCUGCUGUUCAUACAGAUGACCGCCGCCCUCUCGCCAUCUGUGUUCGAAAUCUUCCCACCCGCUCCAGUGAUACGAGUCUUAAGGAUGGACUCUUCCACGAAUACAAGAGGUACGGGAAAGUGACAUCAGUUAAAGUUAUUGGACAAGCUGGAGAUCGCUACGCUAUAGUUUGUUUCAAGAAACCUGAUGAUGCAGAGAAGGCACUGAAAGAUUCUCAUGAUAAACAGUUCUUUGGGUGCAAGAUAGAAGUUUCAUUCUAUCAAGGCUAUGAUGUAGAUGAGAGUGAAUCUAGACUGUAUGAAGCUGAACAAGAUGAAUUUCAUCCUAAAGCAACCCGAACUUUAUUCAUUGGAAACCUGGAGAAAGACGUCACUUCAUCUGAUCUUCGAAAACAUUUUGAACAAUUUGGAGAAAUAAUUGAAAUUGAUAUUAAAAAGUCUGGCGUUGCAUCACCAUAUGCCUUCUGUCAAUUCACUGACAUCAGUAGUGUUGUGAAGGCUAUACGUGCUAUGGAUGGCGAACAUAUGGGCAACAACCGCAUUAAAUUGGGGUUUGGAAAAUCUAUGCCUACAACGUGUGUUUGGGUGGAUGGCAUCACAGAACAUGUUUCUGAGAAGUACCUGAAUAUGCAGUUCAACCCUUAUGGAACAAUUCUGCAUAUUACAUUGGAUCGUGUACGAGGCCAGGCUCUCAUCUAUUAUGAGCAGCUCGCCUCUGCUCAGGAAGCUGUCAGGGAAAUGCGGAGCAUUGGAUUGCGAGGUCACAAGUUGCAAGUUGAUUUUGCAUCCAGGGAAUGCCAGGAAGCUUUCUAUGAACACUUGGAGAAGCAGGGGCAUGCAGUGAUCGGUGCAGAACGGCCAUGGGAACACUACGAAAACAACCGUGAAAUACCAUCUGGACGUUUUGACGCUACUGUAUCAACUCCUGGCUCCCGGUUUUCUCGGUAUGAAUCGUCCCAGCGAACGUCUAGGACAUCACUGUAUUCAAGAUCCGGUUCGGGAAGUGGUAGUGGUAGCGGCAGUGGUACGCCAGCUACUCCACCUGCCCCAGCAGGUGUUAGUGGCACAAACAGCAGGCCUACAUCAAGAUCUCAGCGUUCCUCAGGAAAUCAGCGGUACGAGCAUUAUGAUACUGCUGACUACACUGACCGCCGACACAGAAGUUACGACGAAUUCAGCCAAGGCAGUGGAGCGAGUCAUGAUGACUCUUACGAUCAAGAUGUACGUGACUAUGGUUAUCGGGACCGAUGUGACAGCAGUCCCACACCAGCAGUGUGUGAUCCAGUAGACGUCUGUCGACGGAGUACAACUGCUGGACGUGUGCCAAAGAGUUCGAGCCCUUGUGAAAAACCCUUACAGGGUGAGGAUGUCGAUUUCAAGCCUCGCCAUUCACUACAGAGCGUAGUCGUCGAUGCGGCAGCACCUCUACCUCCACCACCUCCUCAGCCAGCGGACAUAAGGCAUCUACAGAAGGAGCGUGUUCAUCUUCUAGAGCAGUUAGAGGACUGUACCAGUUCAGGAGAUGAUGAUCCUGCUCCAAAGAAGCGGGCAAAGCUGGACUCUGUUGACCUGCAGUCAUCCUGUAAUGCAGAUCUAUCUUAUGACUGUGAACCUUCAUUAGCAAUAGUAACACACAAUCAUAGGAAAACGGAUGUACGUAGACUUUCGGACAGCAAACACUGUGCAAGGAGAUUAUCAUCUGAUAGCCUUUCGAGACACAGUAGGGAUGGAAGGGAAGCUUCAACUGACCGUCCAGUGUCGGUACAGGGUUAUUCUCCUCAUCCGGUUUGCAAACGUCGGAAAACAGGCAGUAGUGCAAGUGAGAAUGAAGAAAGGACAAGUUGUCGUAGUGGAAAACAUGGACACCAUCAUCACCAUCACCACAAUGAUGUGACUGUAACUACUGUUAGUGGCAGUGAAAGUGUUGAUGGUAGUCGUCCAGGUACUCCUUUGUGUGACGAACGGCCAGAAAAUCUUUUGCCCCCUUCUGAACCCAGGCGUAUACCUCGCGAGAGAAAUACCACCGAAGGACCCUUAUCGUUGCCUCUUCCCAGGUUUGCAGCGCAGGUGCUGUCAUCAUCCUCGAGGCUAUCAGCAUCGGCCUCGAGUACAAGUUCAGGAAAGCCAGCCCCGUCCAGCAGUAUCAUCUCUUCUCCUCCACCUGCACUAACUUCACCAAGACCAACACAUGCUACACCAUUGCUACAACCACCACCUAGUCCAAGUAUUGUUCCGCCUCCAGCAUCGCCGCCACCACGACCAGCCUCGAUACUUUCAUCAUCAUCAUCUGAUUCCGAAUUGUCUCCUCCCUCUCCGACACUGGAGGAACGAAUCAAAUCUUUAGAUGAAAAAUAUGAGAAAUGGUCUGGAUCUCGUGCAAUAAGUGCAGCUGGAGGUGAUGCUCUAGCAAAACUUGAUGCCUCUGCAAGUGAACGUUUUCGUUUUCGUCACAAGCUUUUGGAUCUUGAUGACCUUAAGCCUUCUGAAAUAGUGAAAUCAGUGUUAGCUAAGAGGAGUGUAUUUGAUGAAGACACAAAGCGUCUGGAAAACAUAGGUGAUAAGUAUGAGCCUCGUGAGUGGACAGCUGGGUGCUUUCAGAGCCUUCGUGUGAAAACUGAACCUAGGGAUGCAUCUCAGUUUAUAGCUCUUGCCAAACCUUCUGUAUCAGCAAGUAGUGUAAGUGUUUUAACGGCUCCAGUUGGACCACCUAAAAGUGGCUCUUUUACCAUUCCUAGUGCGUCGCGACUUCUGAGUGCUUCCUCACCCUUGCAUUCACCAUCACAGCCUCACCCAAAAUCUCCUUUUUCUGUCAGUAGCCCUACCACUCCUACAACUGUUGGGAAAACACAUACUCAAUCAGUCUCUAUAGGGACUGUACCUCUUAUACAAUCUUGUAACAAACUACAGCCGAUGCCAAAGAGUUCUAGUGCUGUUUCUCCAAGACCUGGGGGUCCUACACUGCCAACAGCAAAGGGACUUCAGUAUCCUUUCCCCAGCCAUCCACCUGUAUUACCAACAACUACUGUGGCUACGACAACUGCAGGCACCACUAUAGGAACUCUAGUGUCUGUGUCGACUGUAGGAGUAAAAGCUAGCUUGUCUGUAAAUGUACCUGCUACUUCUGCAAAUGUGUUGUUUUUGCCUGAAAUGUCACGGACAAGUGCUAUUAAACCUCCAGUCUCACAGACCUUACCCAAUAAUGUUGUUAACACCCCGGACAUGAGACUAGCAAGACCAUUAUCAUCUGUAACAGUAUUGACAACGUGCACGGGCACAAAACCAUCAUCGGAGGUGAUAAGUAGGCUGCCUCAAAAGGCAGUAACUUCCUCUCAUUCUGUUGUAUCAGUUGCAUCAUGUCGAGUAAGUACUCCAAAGACGCUGGCUCCAAGUGUGACUGUGUCUCUGCCUGUUGCUGUUAGUGUUUCCAAUAGUCUGUCAGAAACUGUGCGGGCAUCUCAUACUUCAGUAAGAAGUUCUAGUACUGCAAGUUCCUCAGAUAACACUGCAACUAAAACCCCAGUAGUUUGUAACAUUACUUCGUCAAAAACUUCAGCAGUUAUAUCUGUUGCAUCUUCCACACCUAAAACUACUGUAACUUCAACUUCAUCACAAGCUACAUCUCGAGGAUUAAUAGGAAUGAAAUCUACAGGCUCUGGUGUGCUGGUACCGGCUGGUAGUGCUUUGUCAACAAAAAGUGUGAGAGCUAAUGAACAUCUACCGAAGAUCAUAGGUUCGCCUCCGCCGCGAAGUGACACUUUCAGGCUAAAUAACAUUCCAGGAUUAAAAUCUGCAAAUGUGAGUGAUAGCCAGUCUUCUAGCUCAAGGCUUGUUACCAAUCCAGCAAUAUCACUGCCAUCUAUUGCUUCUGCUUCUGUGACGAUGACUCCUUCUGGGACAACAUCUCUCUCUGUGACGUCUGUUACUGCUGCAUCUGGUGGGGAUAGUUCUUUGAGUAUUGUUACAUCAGGAGUUGUGACAUCUGCGAUCUCAGUAACAGAAUCUGCAAAACAGAACAAAACUAAAUGCUCUGCCUCAAGAAAAGAUUCGAAAGAUAAACAGAAUGAGACCUCCACAACUUGUAAACCUGUACCUUCUGUGAAAAAAGAUGCUUUGUUGUCACCAACGAAGAAAGAGGCUAGUGUGAGGGAUACAGACAAUGUGAAGGUAGCAAAUCUUCAUAAACAAAAAAAUGUUUGUCUUUCCAGUGAACGAAAAGAAAAGAAAGUUGCCACAUCAUGCAUAAGGAGAGAAAGUGAGCAAGAUACGGAGAGUAUAGACAGGCGGAAAGAAAGGUUUGACAGCACUGAUGACAGAAGGAGAGAUUCAGUUGACAGUAUAGAAAAGAGGAAAGAUUCUGAGUUAUUAGAUAAAGAUAAGAGAAAGGACAGUCUCCCGUUUGAAAAUGAGAAAGAAAAGAGAAGGGAUAUGGCAGAAAUGGUUGAAAAGGAGAAGAAAAAGGAGAAAGAUGUUCAAGAGUCUAAUGAACGUGAUAAAUUCAGAGAGAUGGAUGGAGAGAGAUGUGAAAGGUGGAAAGAUAGUCAUUUAUUGGAAAAUCUUGAUAAAGAUAAAUGGAAAGAGAAGGAUGAAAUUUUUGAAAAGGACAAAAGACGUGACAGUAUAUCUGCAGACCUUCAGCAGAGAGAUGCUGAAGACAGAGAGAGGCGGAAAGAGCGUCGUAAAGAUAGAACAAGUAACAGCAGUUCUCCUGCGAGCAUUGGCUGUAAGCGUAGAAUGAGCUCGCAAGACAGUCUAGAAAGUGUACCAGAUGAUGCCAAAAGAAUAAAACUUUCACCUGCUGUUAGUAUUGAUCAGCGCAAAAUACCAGAAAGGCGCGAUUCAAAAGACAGCGGUCGAAGCAGCAGCAGCAGUAAACGAAGUAGUGCAGAACGCCCUCGUCAUAAUGAAAAGAGUUUCACAAAACAGCUGGAAGAUAAGAUUCGUGAUGAUAAAAAAGGUAAAGAUGAAUUGGACAAGAAGAGAGAGAAAGAUAUCAGAAUACAGGAAGAUGCAGAAAAGCAUAAACCAAAGGACAAACAGAAGAGAAAGAAUAAGGUAGAAAAAGAAAUCUUGAAAGAAAAGGAUAAUACAAAAAUUAAUAAAGAAUCUCCUGUUGAUAAGGACUUUUCGCCAAAAAGUGGAAAAAAGAAGGAAGACAGUGAGACUGAAGAUAAGGAAGAGAAACACAAACAUCAAAAGAAAGAAAAAAAGAGAAAUUCAAAAGAUGAGUUUGUAACAUCAGAUGUUGUUGAAGAAAAGGUAAAGAAUAUUAAAAAAGAGAAAGAAAAAAGAAAUAGCUGUGAUAAGAAAAAGGAUGAGGCUUCCAACAAAGAUGAUCAUAAAGGGAAAAAGGAUUCAAAGGCCCACAAGAAAGAGUUCAGUCAUUCUGAUUCAGAUACUGAGGAUGACUGUGCAGACGGUCCCAAAAAGCAUUCCAUAUUUGAUAUAAUAGAUGAUGGGCCAGCAUACAUUUCAAUGUACGACAAAGUGAAAGCGCGCUCAACUAAGAAUAUGCAGAAACAAGAAGAAGAAAAGCGUCAGGAAAAGAUGAGAGAGAAGUUCAAUUUAUUAAAACAGUCUCGUGCAAAACGCGAGGAGAAGAAGAGGUCAACAUCAUGGGAUGAAGAUUCUGAUUCUGACAAUGCUGAUAGGGACCGAAGUAAUAAAUCCACCAAAAGGUUAACAAAGCUUAUGAUAAGCAGCUCUUCUGAAGAUGAUAUUCGUGCUCGUUCCUCUUAUGAUUGUGAGGAAGUAAAAACAAAUAAGAUGCGAUCAGGUGUGAAAGUGAAAAAGGAGGAAAGUUCUAUAACUAAGUCUGAUUCUGACUCUGAUAUGCAACAGAGACAAGGAAAAGUAAUGCUGAAAGAGAACAAAAGAGUAGACAUAAAAUUGGAAGGAAGUGAGGAGGAUGAGAAUUCUGUAAAAACUAAACAUUCCACAUCAUCUAGGAAAGGAAGCCGAUCAAAAUUGAUAUCUGAUACAUCUGAAGAUGACAAUACUGCUGCGAGAUUCAAAUGUAACCCUGUUAAAGUUUCUGACAUUUAUUCAGCAGAAAGUGACGGAGAUGCUGUGUAUACAGAUGUUGAUGACAAAGGUAUUGGGAAAAAAUCAAGAUCAAGCAAAAUUUGCAAAACUUCUUUGGAUACAUCAAAUGAUGAAAGCAGUCAAAAGUUGGUCUGUGAAGACACAAAAGUGGCUCUUGAUAAACAGAAUCUCUUCAAAAAAGUCAUUAGUAAAAGUAAACAACAAAAAAGUACGCUUGACUCUUCUGAUGACGAAAAUCUGAGGAAAUUCUCAUCUGAACCAACCAAGAUAAGUAUGUUUAGUGAAGAAAAGCAAGCUAUAUUCAGAAAGUCAAUUGCAAAAUCGAAAUUGCUGAAGGUCGCUGUAGAUUCAUCUGAUGAUGAUAGUACCCGCAAAAUGCUUGCCGAGUCAAUGAAGGGAAAUAAUUUUAAUGAAGAUAAUAAACUAAGUUUGCUAAACAGAUAUGGUGUAAAAGCUAAAAUAAAAUCUAUAGAUUCCUCAGACGAAGAAAACAAUAAAAUAUUGAUUGUAGAAUCUUCAAAAAGCAGUUUUGUUUCUGAAAACCAGCAGCCAUUUAAAAAGAAUUUUAACAGAAGCAAAAUUUCAAAAAUAUUCACUGAUCCUUCUGCAGAUGAUGUUCAGAAACUACAAAGUGAUUCUGAGAGGGAUGACAUGUUUGGAGAUACUUUUGUUUCUAGUAAAUGUAAUCAAAUCAAGAUUGAGCCACAACUAGAAAAUAUUUCUGAUGCUGAGCCAACUGAAUCAACUCCACCUCCUCAGCUUGAAAAGGUUGUAUUUUAUGGGAACUGUGUUACAAAAGGCAAUGAUACUGUGAGAAAGAAAUCACACAAAAAGAAACAGAAACGGCAAAAGAGCAUUCUAGACAAUGAGGAUGUUGGAAACACUGAUAAGGAUGUAUAUGAAGCCCAAGAAACAGAAAACUGCAUCAUAGAAGAAAGUGGAAAAGCAAAAAGUGACAGUGAACGGAAGAGGCAUAAAAGAGACAGGAGAAAGUCGAGUCACGGAAAAUUGAUAGACUCAGAUGGAAAACAGUUGAAGAUUCGCAAAAAGAAGUCUGGAAAAUCAGAACAAGGAGUAUUAAAACCAGAAAAUAGCUUGAAAAGGGAAGAAAAAAUGGAAGAUAUCUUUGGACCAUCGUCUGAUGAAUCUGAGCAUGACUGUGUGAAAUCGUCAACUGCAUCACACGCUCUUCAAAACAGUGUAUUUGAUCAGAUGUCUCCAAAGUGGCAAGUUUCAUUAGUAUAUGGCUCAGACUCUGAUUCUAAUGUUGAUCAUACAACACUCAAUUCACAAAUUGAUCACUUUGAAACAUCAGAUAGUAUAUUACCUAGGUCAGCAGAAAAGGAAAGGAAACGGAAAGAGAAAAAACGCAAGGAAAGAAAAUUACGUGAAGAAGAAGGUAUAACAGGUGACCUUGCUGAAGCAGGAAGAGCUUUGGAAGCAAAGUUAUUAGAUGAUGAUUUUGUUGAUGAUGAAUUGACAAAGACCAACUUCCUGAAAACUGAUGGUAGUGGAAUAAAACAAGAAUCAAGUGCAGAUGCUGACGUAUUUCAUUUCACAGAUGGUGAUGACAGCUUGGAAGGAUCAUCAGCUGUACUGCCAGAGAAAACAAAAGAAAAGAAGAAGAAACGUAAGAAGUCAAAAGAAGAGAAACAGAAUCGCCGUGAUCACCAUCACCACCACCAUCAUGACAAAGUAUCUUUGAAAUCACCUGAAAGAAGGUUAAGUGUAACAUCUGUGUCUGAGGAGAGCAAACCUCAGUUGCAGUCUCCUCCCCCUCUACCCAAUCUUGAAAUGCCACCAAGCCCACCAGUAGUCAAAGGAUCAUUAGCUAUGAUUUCGGAAAAUUCUCAUGCUUUGCUGCAAUGUAGAGAGUCAAUAAUCAGUUCAUCGUGUAAACUUUCACCUACUAUAGCAAAAUCUAUUGAGAAAAAGAAACCAGAAAAAUUUAUUCCGGGCUUUGGUGCUGAUAUUGAUGACACAAUACAUGAAAAUGCUGUUAAAAGCAUUUCUGAAUUUGAAGAACCAAAAGUAGAUGCCGUUAAAAUUAAUGAUGGCAACAAAGUGGAAGAAAUACCAAAAACUGAGUCUGAUAGUUUGAACGGAGAAGAAGAAAAACCACGGGCAGUAAUUUCUCAAGAGGAAACUGAAGAUGCUGUGGCUGCUCUGCUAGGGGAAUCUUUUGGUGGAGGGUUUGGUGAGUGCUAUGUGGCUGAUGGUAACAGCAGUCCUACAAGUACUGCUGUGACAAAUCCACCGGAGCCACAGUUGCCAACAGAUGAAGAGGAGGAGACUAGACAGGCAGUUGAAGGACUUAUUGACUUGAAACCAGAUACUCCUCAGUCAGAACCAGAUCUGCAAAUAGAUACAGAUACAGAGGAUAAUAUAGAAGAAAAUUAUACAGGCCUCAGAUUUAGUAAUGAUGACAACCCUAGAACACCAGAUGGUUUGGAUUUCUCUGGAUUGCCUAAAACACCUGAUCUGUCUCCAUCAUUUUACAGGCAGCAUCAAACAACAUCAGAGAAGCAGUUUGAAGAAAGCACUAUUCCUAUGCUAAAACCCUUGCCUGAGCCAGAAGUUGUACAAGCUAUUCAGAAUGACUCCCUAGUUAAAUCGAAAGAACCUCCAACAAGUGAUUUAGUUUGUGAGGAAAAAGAAGAGACAAACAAGAAUGAAACGGAAGAUAGUUUGGAUACAGCAACAGCGAUGACGACUGAGGCCCUACCACCUGAAUUACCUUCAUCUUUACUGCCAGAAAACCAGUCAUCUCCAAGAUCUGAAUUGGAUGCAGAUAAUGAGGCAACUGAUGAUAUCCAUUUGGAAACUAAACCUCAUUCACCACUUAUAUCUGAAGACAACAAAAAAGCACUGGUAGAACAAAUAACACCUGAGGUGGAUGUUAAAGAAAGCACAGAAAAUAAUGUGACUGUGUCAGCACCUAGCAGUCCUUUACAAACAGAACUAGAGGUAGACAAAGAAAUUGUUCAGGCAGAAGGCAUUGAAGAUACCCCAGAACUGUACGAAAAUGAUAAAAUUGAUGUUGAGAAGUCCCCAGAUGGCGAAUCUUCUGAAGAAAAUGGUGUUAUAGCAAAUGUUGAUGGAACUGUGGAAGAGCCAUCUGUGGAAACUAUAAGUGACAGAGAUCAGUUUCAUACACCAGAGCCUGACACUAAAACUGAUGGUGGUUCUGCAACUGAACUGAAUGACAUGGAACCUGUAAAAGAUGAACAACCAGCAUGUGAAAGUGUAAAGAAUGAACACUGUGGUUUAGAGGAAACUGAAAAGAAAAGUUAUGAAUUGGAUGAGUGUGUCACAGAAGAUACAGAAAAACAUUGUUUAAAUAUUGAGAAGCAGGACACAGGUGCUGAAAUAUGCACAUCUGAGGCAUCAGUUCAGGAGGCAAAAUCACCUGAAGUAAAGGAAUGUGUGGACACAGAAGAGCUAAAAGACACUGAUGCCAUCAUGCCAUCACCCAAACAGAGUGAAGCAGGUGAAGAAGUAACAUGCGUUGAUAACUCAAAUGUUUGUGUUAAAUCGGACCUGAUAAUUGACACCAGAGAAUCAGACUUUUCAGAGUCAGAGAAUGAUAUGAAAAGUGAUAAUGAUUUUGUGACUAAUUUAUUGGCAUCUGAUUCUAUGACUCAGGGGCUUUCAGAUGAUACACAGACAAGUUUUAAACUUUACAAAGAGAAAGAAACUGAAUUAGUGUCAGUAAUUAAAGAAACUGACAGCCUGCAGAAUAGGGCAAAGGAAGAUAAAUGUUUGUUUCCUGAACUUAAGCCAGUUGAGGAUAAGGAUGAAUCUGUGAAUACUUUCGGCAUGGUGACGAAUGAUAGGGAUGAUUUCAGUGAAAAAGCAGAUUUGAUAGAUGUAGUAAAGAAUGAAGAUUUCUGGACGGCUAAGGAAGAGGUGAACAUAGACUCUGUGAUUAAAAAAGUGGAUGCUCUUUGUUCUGUGGAAGAUGUACCUCCAUUUGAUAAAGUUGCAGAUAAGCCUGAUGUGACGAAUGAUACCAAAGCAUGGUUCAGUGGUGUAAAUGAGAUUGAAGCAGCAGAAGGUAAAUUAGAUAUUAAGCAAGAGGAUACUGAAAGGGAAGUUAAAUCAGAUAUGCAGCAGAAGUCGUGCGACACACCUGAAUCUCAGAUAAGUGGUAAUAUGGUUGUGACAGCAACUGUUAAUGAGAAACAUGAUGAAGAAGAAGAAGAUGAAGAAAAGCAAGACGUUGCCCUUGAAACUGAAAAAGAACAGAAUGACAGCUUUUCAGUGUCGUCUCCCACUGCAGAGUCGGAGUGUAGAGCACCUUCUGGUUACACUACAGAGGAUCAAGACCAGUCACAUGUUUCAACAUUGUCACCUGAACGUGAAAUUAUUGAGACUAGGCAGUGUCACAAUUCUGUCGGCGUGCCGCGUGGAACUAGGAGGGGGCGCAGAGGUUACGGUGGCAGACGUAAAGCAGCUGCAUCCAGAGUGGCAUCUGGUGUGACAACUAGACGAACUAGACUUCAAAAACGUGAAGUGAGUCCAGUCACAUUGCCCCUGCUGCCGACAUCUACCUCUCCGAGAAGAGGUGGCCGUGCUCAUAGAAGCAAUAAAUCAUUAGGCAUUGAUUCCAGUGGCCAAACAGGCAAAAAACUUACUACAGAUGUCUAUGAAUUUCAUGAUGACUCUGAAGAAGAAGGAAAUACGAGUGCUGAAAAGGGCCGACCACGUCUAAUUCUUACUAUCAAAAGUCCUGUCAGUGGUGCAACACCAAAUAUUUGUGCAAUUACGAAAGAAGUUCCAGUUACAACAAAACCUUUACCUUCCCCAGCACCUUCACCAGUCUUAGAUGUACGAGAAGAAUUUCCUUCACCUCCCACUCCUGCAUCUGCUGCUACGACACGCAAGUCUCGUCGACUACAAGAACGAGAUGGUCCUAGAAAUACAGUUGACGAUGUUAUCGAAGAUGUUGUUCGUGGGACAGUAACACGAUCUGCAGCUGCAGCAGCUGCUGCUGCUGCUGCUGCUGCUGCCGCCGCCGCCGCCGCCGCUGCUGCUGCUGCCGCCGCCGUCACCACCACCACCACCACCACCACCACAACUGCCCUUACUUGCACUACAACUACCACAAGUACCAAUAUUACUACUUCUUCUAUUACUGUUGCCAGCAUUUCGGCAACCACAGCUGCUGGCAGUGUAGGCCCCAUUAUGACACGUCGAUCGGCUAGGCAGAACCAUGCUGUAGUUUCCCGCCCAUGUCCUGAAGUUAGAAAAUCCCCAAGAGGUGCAAGGAAAGGUUCACAGCAACGUGGAGUUUCGGAGAUACUAGAUGAAUCUUCGGAUGAGAAGCAUAAGUUUGAUGAUGAUCCACCUUGCCCUAAGUCUUCAGAAACAUCACCUUUGAAUAGUGGUGAAAAUAGAGACGCUGUAGAAAAAUCAGAUGUCCCUCUGGACAUUAAUUCCCAAGAAAAUAACUUGAAACCACCUGUGAAAGAAACAGAUUCUUUAAAAUCUGCCGAUAGCAAAAAGAAUUCUGAAACUGAUGCAGAACCAGUGACUCUAAUUGACCCUGUUACUGGACUGCUAAUACCUUUCAGGGAGUCUGAGGAAGGACAAUACGUUCCUGUGACAACUGCUGCAUUGAAUGCUACUUCCAUUGUGUCAACAGUUACCACUACACAGCCACCUUCAGUUACUUCAGAGCUCAGUGUCCCACAACUGGCAGCAAACGAAGUACUACAGAAACCACUGGUGCCAUCACCUCCUGUUAAAGUCACUCCAGCCUCUGAAGAAGAUUCCGUUCGUGCACCAGCCACAUCACAUGUUCCAGUAAUAUCCAAUCCACCUCAGAAACCGCCAAGUGCUACACCUCCGGUACCUUCUGUAACAGCAUCUGUCAAAUCGACAAUAGUAUGUAAAGUGGCACCGUUAUCUUCAGCGGUACCACCAUCCACAGCAACACCACCACAGAAAUUACCAACACUGAAGGCUCAUGUACUGCAACAGGCUGUCACAGUUGCACCACCAAAGCCUACUCCAGCACACCAGACCGUCACUCCUCUCCGUCCACAACAGGCUGCAGUUACUGUGCCUACUGCUGCUGUUCCCAUCAGGCCACUACAGCAGAUACCCUCUACUCCCCAACAUCAGCCUCAGCAACCAGCUCAACCGCAGCCAGUCGUUAGACCACCUCCUGUCAAUCCAAAGUUCCACUUACUUCAGGGAGCUGCAGUCACCACGGUGAGUCCCGGUACAGUUACCACGCGUAGACCGCCGUCACCCAGCCCUACACCAGUUGCUCCAAAGGCACACCUGCUCCAGGCUGCUACAAAGCAGUUUAGUGUCCCAGUGAGUCAGGUUACUGGCCACAAAGGGCAUCAGGUACAGCAAGUUCAGCAGCAGCCAAUACCGACAGGAGCUGUUGCUAGCCCACCACUCAAGUCUAAUGCACCUCAUCACUCUAGCCAGCAGCCUGUAGUAGCGGGUGCUAGCAGUUCAAGAAAUAUUGCAAAGCCUCAGGUGCCACUUACCCAUCAUGGAAAACCAGUAAUAGAUGGCUCAAAAGUGGAAGAAUCAAUGACAAGCUGCAUUGUAGUUCCGAGUGUCAGCCCUCAGUCACGAGGACAAGUUAUGCAAGCCGGGAUGCCUGUUCCUGCUUAUGAAGCAUCUCUCGGGGAGGUUGUGCAACAUGUGCCUUUUCCACAUCACAUUCGCUCAGCUGCAACACAUGAUUUGCAUUACGUGCACCCACAAAUCAUGUACCAACAAUUUCUGCGUGCACAGGAAGCUCUUGGUGGACAUAUACCUUACCACAUCCCAGCAGGAGCUGUUCGUUCUCCUAUUCUGCCUGCAAUUGACAUUAAGUGUGUCGAUGUAGAUGAGGAUGCCGUACACGGGAGUAGCCCACCUCUCGAAUUACGGAGGCCGUCAAAUGCUAUUCGUGGUAGUAGUAGCAGUGUGCGUGGUGGUCUCACGUCACCUCACGACCGUACUACUGACUCACCACAAGUGGCUACGGUAUAUCGUAUGGCAGCUCAUUACACCCCGCCACCUGGUCGGUACUACGGUGAGCCAGGUGCAGAACCUCCACCGGCACAUCUACCACCACGUGCUCUGCCUCGACAUCACCAUCCCUUACCUGGUUCUGAAGCACCACCAGGUGGACAACCAAGACUUCAGGUUGCUACACCACCACAUGCUAGCCAGGUGCCUCCACAAGCUGAUUCACUGCUUAUGUUAUUGCAGCGCUACCCUGUAAUGUGGCAAGGGCUUCUUGCUCUGAAAAACGACCAAGCAGCAGUCCAGAUGCACUUUGUGUUCGGAAAUCCACAUGUUGCACGAGACUCCCUUCCAUGCAAUUCAGAUGGCAGCACACCACCUCUCAGGAUAGCUCAGCGUAUGCGACUGGAACAGACGCAAGUGGAGGGUGUAGCCAGAAAAAUGCAGAUUGAUCAUGAACACUGCAUGCUCUUGGCUCUACCUUGUGGCCGGGAUCAUAUGGAUGUGUUGCAGCAAUCAAAUAACCUACAGACAGGUUUUAUCACAUAUUUACAACAGAAACAAGCUGCUGGAAUUGUGAACAUCGCAGCCCCUGGCUCUCAGCAGGCUGCGUAUGUGGUGCAUAUCUUUCCGUCCUGUGAGUUUGCUAACGAAAACCUAGCUAGAAUAGCUCCUGACUUGUUGCAUCGAGUAUCAGACAUAGCACACCUACUCAUAAUUAUUGCAACAGUGUGAACACUUGACAUAAGUGGACCUUUGUCAAGUGAAUUAUAGAAUGGCCAAAAGGCACCCAGCAGGAAGAAGAGAAAAGUUGACAGCACGUAGUAGAGCAGUCAGCAAGAUGGCUGGGUGGUGGUCAGUGGCAGGCUCGUGGUGCUGGCCCGCCUGGCACUAAACAUGCAGCUAGUACAGAAUUUCUCAGAUUGUUUGCUUUGUUUAGGUUUUCUGAAAUGUGCUUUGGUGUUGUAUUCUAUUAGAAUUUUUUUGUUUUUUGAAGAAAAAGAGAAGAGGGGCCUAAUUUUGAAUGUGUCGGAAAGGAGUUCUUACUCUCUGCAUGUUUAGUAUCAGGCAUAUGUUUUGAACUCCUGUGGGAAUCAGGAAUUAAAAAAAUGAUGUGUGAUGGUUUUCGCUAACGAGAUAGCGGAUAUGUCUGCAAAGUCUUAGAUGAUUUGUUGAUUGAUUCACAUUCAGUAAGCCAGUAGCAUCACAGUUAUCAGAUCCAAAGUGUCUUUAAUACUACUGGUGACCAAUGAUGCGAUUUGGUGUAUUCAGCUGUAAAGAAGUAACGGAUUAUAUUAAAGAUUUAUUGUUGCAUGCUUGCUGAAAGGAAAUAUGAGAAAUGCUGGGUAACAUUCCUGUAUAGUUGUCUGAUUAUUUUUAUAAAUAAAUAAAUAAAUAUGUGUAUAAAUAUGUAUAUGUGUAUAUUGUAGAUUGUGUUGUUGUCCAUAGGCGGAAAAAUAGCAUUAUAAUAUUUAUGGACACAAUAGUUUAUUCUAGUCACAGUUUAACACUUAAAUGUGGAAGAUUUUACCCAGCAGUUCUUACAUUUUUGUUUCUAAUGUGACGCAACAAUAGUCUUGUAUGAAGAACCUGCAAGUCAUUUUGACUAUGAAUGUGUCUGUCUUUGUGUGUGAAUCAGAUGUUUCCUGAUUGUGUGACACUGUGUGGAACCUACAUUCAGACAGUUUAUAAAUGUGUUUUAAUUUACCAAAACUGUGUGUGUGUGUGUGUGUGUGUGUAGAGAGAGAGAGAGAGAGAGACGACACAGGGAUAUUUAUAAUAAUUUAAGCUUUGGCCGCAAUGAGUGCAGUUAUACUCAUUGAAAUUGAUUGCUUUUAGGCAAGCACAAUUGUAGAAAGAACCCAAAGGAUAUUCUGUUCUAUAGUGUGUGCAUAUUUUCAAUGAGUAGCUGUGUUAGUGAGAUCAAAUCGAGACUAGGACAAGAUAUUUGAAUGUCACAUGCAUUUAUGUACCAUGUGCUUACACAUUUUAACAAAUAAUAUGAAGAUUAAGAUAAGUACAAUUUAUUAAUAAACGUGUUUUAUGUUAAAAUUUCGAGUCUGUUAUUAACGGGCAGUGUUACGAGAGUUGUAUGUCAGCGCGCAUAUUACAUAAAACCUGCCAGGUGUACCAUAUGUAAUUUUUAAUUUUCUGUAGGUACCGUCGUUCGAGCGAAUGUUUAUUCGAUGUACAGUAUGUAAUUAUAUAUAUUAUAAAACUCUUGUUACAUCUUCAUAAGAAAAACUGGACUGAUCUACUCAUCAUUCAUAAUCAUUAAUUUUAAGAUCAUUUCAUUACUUGUAUAUUUUGUAUAUAAAAAUACUAUAAUUGUGCAGUGUUGUUCGACUCUUUAGUCCAUGUACCUACACGCGAUGUGGUUUAAAUAUAUGUAUAUAAGAAAUGAGCGCAUGUGUAUAGGAAGACUUGUAAUACUGCGGAUAGAUGUAUAUUGGUGUGUAGAUAGAACUGUUAAAUGUGCACUUUUUUUUCCUGCGGUUUAGUAUGUGCAUUUCUUCGUACUUACACAUAGCUCUUUAUUUCCUGUUGCAAUAAACAGAGGUGUCUCUUUUUAGCCUCUGUUCUCACUAGCUUCAAGAUGAUGUAAAUGUAUUGUGUAGAGUGUCUUGUAUUUUUGGCAUUAGAUUUAUUUGUUUUUAAAUUAUUUUAAAUUUAGAUAUGCCAUAAGUGGUUAAAAAGGUGUUUUUCAAUGUCAGUUUGCUCAAAAUGUCAUCCCAGAUUCUAUUUUCACUUUUUAUUAUGUAAAAGUGAGUGAAAUCAUUAUAUAUUUUUUGAUGUGUACAAAAGUAAAACAUGGAAAAAUGGAAAAAAAAUGAACUAUGGUGAAGCGGACACAAGUUCGAUUGUUUAAAUAUACAGCCGAUUCGGUUAUGAAGGCAGGAAACAAAACUUGUAAAUAUUUUCAGAGACUACCUUAGGCUGUGAUCUCUCUGCAUUAAGUUACUAAAUUUCAUUUGAUAAAAAGAUCGUCCAGUGAUUUAAGUUAUUUGAUGAAUGAAAAUAUAAAGUGUUAAUAAAAAUAAAUGGAAAUUUCAUAA